UUUAAAAACAUCUCAUACAAGAAUAGAUUCUUUUGCACAAUUUUGUCUUUCUCACUCUUUCUCCUUGUCACCAUUGACAUAGUUGGCAACGCCACAGAAAUUUUAGCGAAAAGAGACCAGGGUGUCCCUUUCUUACUGCAAAACCGUCGAAAAUUCAGUCUUGUUUUAGCGGCUGAGCGAGUGUGAACGGCGUGGCAAAUGCGCGAGUAGUGCAAUUUUAUUUCGAAUGUGCGAAGAAGAAAACUAAGAAGAGACCAAAUUGAAGAUUUUUCCUUUCAUCAAGUUUAAACAAGGUAAAUAUGCGUUAGGAACAGCAAAUUGCGCUAAAACAAAAGUUAUGGGCAUAAUUCGAAUAAAAAGUUGUGUAAGUGACGCGUUCGAGUAGUUUGAAAAAGUUAUGUCGUGCAUUUUUUUCAUAGUGCUGUUACUUAUAAGUAAAGUGUAGGCAUCCGCCAUAUUGCUUUUCUUGUCUAUUCGUCGUCGGGCGCACUGCUCGCUCUACCCAACUGUACGAGUACGAGUGCUGUCGCUUCUGCUGAUGUUGUACGACGACGGCAAUAACGAGAUCGGCGAACGGCUGCCCUCAUAUAAACCGAGUUGAAGUGGCGUGGAAGAAAAAAGGAAAUUUCUUGCUUACUGUCGCCUGCUCGCACGUAGUCUACUGCGUUGCUGGAAUUUGUUAGAAAAAGAAAAAACAAUAAUAAAGGUGAAAUAUUUGUACACAGACCGCCAAAAACAAGAUAGAAGAUUUUAAUACGUUUUAUUCGCUCCAAUGAUGGAGGAUCUGACCAAGAAUAUAAUAUUCACUACGAAUGCAAUAGGCGCCAAUGGGCAGCCUACUACUAUACAGUAUCAAACAGCUGACGGUACCAUAUUAAAACAGCCGAAAAUAGAGGGACAAAAGGAGCAGCCCACAUUUUAUUAUACCACCACAAAUGGAGGCGCGGCCACCACAGUUAAUUUAGCACAACUUACCACUGAUGACAACAAAACAUGCUACAUAGCGCAACCCGUUGGUGGUUACAACUACGCGCUGGUGAAUGGCAUGCAACUAAAUCAAGGUGGCACAAUUGGCAUUGCCACCUUAGAUGCACAAGGCCGUUUGCAGAUUGUUAAUCAGAAUAAACCAAUUGCAGCAUCCUUGCAGGCUAUCUCGCCAAUGCCAAAUACCAUCUCAAACAUCAGUUUCAAAUGCGACGUGUGCGGUUUAAUGUUUUCACACUUGGCGCUAUUGAAUCACCACAAACGUAUACACACGCAGGACGGUAGUGAUCAACAGCAAGGCCAACCGGAAACCAUAGUGGUGAAUGCGCAAGGACUAGUACAGACACAAAAUAUAAUCACAGAAAAUGGCCAAAUGGGGCAGAUACAAAUUGUGGCAACCGAAGCUUUGGAACCGGCCACAACUGUAUUGCAACAGCAACAACAACAACAACAGCAGCAACAUAACGCAGUGGUCACAAAUGUCACCACGCAGAAUAACGGCAAUGAAUUAGCCGUUAACACAACCAACCUCGCCGGCUUAAAAUCCGUUAAACUCACCCAAUCCAAAUGCAUAACGUGUGGCAAUCAAAUGCUGCAGCCAGCCAAACGCAAAGGGCCAAAACUGGUGCGCUGCGAAGAUUGUAUACGUGCCGAUCAAGAGAUGAACGCACCGCAAGGUCUCACACCCACACAAAUUUUCGUUGCACAAGAUGGUGACAUAAAAUGCGAACUAAAUGAAUUUGUAACUGGCGGUAGUGGGGACUCCUCGCCAAUGGACCAACUUUCAGGGCAAGGUGGUAUGUUGACACAUCACCAGUUACAACCGGUGCAGGUGGUCACGGCUAGUUCACCCGAGUCACAUCAACAACAAAGCAGUCAACAACCGCAAAAUAUUGCGCCGAAGCAAGAACAAACAAGCGGCCAAUCGACUGCGAUCACCAAUCAUCCAGUGAAGAAACGCAAUCAACAGCAAGUGACCAAAUGUCAAAAGUGCAAUGGUUCUGGCGUGGUGUUCGUAGGAUCAGGCACGCCGGCCACCAAACAGCAGGCUGUCAAUGUAAAAGCAGAAAACCCCAAACCGUUUACGUGCAACAUUUGUGGCGGCACUUUUUCACGUUACUCGAGUCUGUGGUCUCAUAAGAAACUACACAGUGGCGAAAAGAAUUACAAGUGCACAAUUUGUGGACUGGCUUUUGCCAAGGCGGUCUACUUGAAGAAUCACGCAAGAAUACACACCGGCGAAAAGCCUUAUAAAUGUCAAACAUGUGGCAUGCAGUUUUCACAAUCGCCACAUCUCAAGAACCACGAGCGCACACACAGCGGCGAGCGGCCAUAUGUCUGCGAAGUUUGUGAUAAAGGCUUCGCGCGUCACGCCACCUUAUGGAAUCACCGGCGCAUACACACCGGCGAGAAACCGUACAAGUGUGAUAUAUGCGGCUCGGCAUUCUCACAGGCUGCACAUUUGAAGAACCACGCCAAAGUGCACUCUGGCGAAAAACCAUUCCGUUGCGAUAUCUGUUCGGCGGCGUUUGCCGAUCGCUUUGCGCUCAAGCGACAUAGAGGCAUUCACCAGAAAUACGGACAAACUGCACCGCGACAACCAGCGCAAACGCAGCAGCACCAGUCUAUGUCCACCGAUGGGCAAAGUGUCAUGAUACAUAAACAGGAAAUACCCGAAAUGGAUGACGACGCACAGCAAGAGGUGAUCAUAUCUGGUUUAUAGACAAAAGCGGCAACAGCAACAGUUGCCACAAACGCAAUUAUUGCUGCGCAGCGGUAUCAAUUGCACGCGAACACCGCUUCCGCUACCCCCACUUUAACGGCGACAACGACAGCGAAUAACAAAUUGCAACAACAACAACAACAACCACAACCACUAAAACUGCAACAACAAACAUCGUUAGCAAUACCAAACCAAACGCAACAGCAAACAGCAGUUGGUGUUACAACAACUGUAACAGCCAAUAGUCAACAGCAGCACAUAACACAAAUUCAACCGCCACAGCCACAACAACAACAGUCACAAGCUCAAAGCCAUAUGAGUCAACAACAUUACACCACCACCUAUUUGCAUGACUCCAACAACACGGCUACAGGUGGAACAACAAUAGUGCGUCCACCAAUGCAAACUGUCAGCUACUAUUAUCAGCAACACACGGCAACAGGUGAAAUAAUUGUCGCUGCAACGCCCGCUGCCACGGGCAAUGUGUAUCCACAUGCAUAGAGCAGUUACUCGGCUGGAGCCAGUUAAAGGCGUUUGGAUGCCAUGGUAGUUAUUGUUGUCAUAAUUUUGUUGUUGUUUUUGCUUUUUAUUUUCAAGAACUUGUUGCAAACGUGGGUUUCAAAUGUGCUUCAAGCACACAUGCAAUCUGCAUACUUUUUUCACAGUGUAGCACAAUUUUCCAACUACUUUAUAUAUUAAUGAUUCUCAAGAAAAUCGGUUGGAGACUUGUAAUUACCAAAUAUUCAAUAUUUGCAAUUACAACUUGUUUUGUGCGCACCGCUUGUGUUUCAGCUUUGUCUAAAACAUUUUUAGGUUAGUGAUUUUUCUUGGUUUCAUGUGCCACAAAAUGCAACUAAAGCAACACCAGAUCAAUUACUAACGGUUUAAUUGAUUUGAUAGCGUCUCUAGUGCUGCUUUUAACAUUUCAGCGGUAGAAAUCGUCACUACUGAUGUGCUGCUAAGAAAAAUUGCUCUUCCACGUAAACUUUGUUAGUUCGCAUAUUUUCGAACUUGUUAGUUUCGAAUAAUAUUUCAACUGAUUUCCUAACUUCUUCUUCGCGUUGUGUAAUUUUACUUACUGCUCAACAAUUUUGCGACCAGAUCAGCGUGGAUAGUUGAUUACGUUUAUUUUAAUUUUAUAUAUAAAUACAUAUAUAUUUUAAGUGUACACAUAAAUAAUAAUAAUAUUUCCAUUAAUUAGUCUAAACAAAUACAAUUUUUUAAAAUAACAAAUACGUACGAAUAAUAAAUUAAAGAGUUAUGAUAAAAAUAAAAUUAAACAAUGCAAUAUUCGCACCUUUGGCGUGUUCGAGUGUAACGUAUUCGUAUAAUAUUAAUAUUUAAAUUUAGUAAUUAUUGCAAGAAGUGAAACAUAAAAAAUUAAUAUACAACUGUAUAUUAGAGAAAAAUGUUGCACGAAUAUAUGGGCAUAAAUAAAUAUAUUUAAAAGAAAA